AAGAUUUACAUACGGGUGAUUUCGCCUCAUCUAAAGCUGGAAUUCCAAGAUCUUGUCAUGAAGCCCGAUUGGCUGACCCUUCAUUGUCCACCGGCGUUUACUGGAUCGAUCCCGACGGCCAAGGUGUUGGAGACGAUCCCAUUCAAGUAAAUUGCGACAUGUCUUCAGGAAUGACAAUUAUUGGACACGACACCGAAGCAUCGACAAACGUCGGCCAUUGCACAGAUCCCGGCUGUUAUACGAAACCAAUCGUGUACCAAGCAUCAUUAAAACAGAUCACAGCCCUUACACAACUUUCAUCAGAUUGUCGCCAGUCAAUUAAGUACGAGUGCUACUCAGCUCCUCUGCAGUUUGAUGGCGUCGAAUAUUCCUGGUGGAACGACCGGAACGGUAACGAGCAAUAUUACUGGAACGGGAGCGAUAACUCCACACAUAUGUGUUCGUGCGGAAUUUCAAAGACCUGUGCCGAUCCGAACGAAAACUGCAACUGUGACGCCGCCGUUCCCGUCAAUUUAAUCGACGAAGGAGAGAUAACUUCGAAAGAAAGUUUGCCCAUCACACGUUUGAAUUUCGGGAGAACGACCCCUGAAGCGUCGAGUGGUAUUCACACUUUAGGAAAAUUGAAAUGCUCCGGCCAGAAGUUGGUCGACGGAAUGCCAACCUCUUGCGUGGAAUUGUGGCAGAUCGGUCAUGUCCUCAACGGCUUGUACUUGAUCAAGGGCGCGUCUCAAGUAGAAACGGUUUACUGUGAUUUUAGCAAAACUUCAACCGACGCAGGAUUUGAAACUUGGAUCGGCUUUGCUGAUGUCAAAUCUUCAUCUGCAUAUUUCUAUGUACAGAGGAAUACGGUUUACUCAACUAUUAACUCUGUCAUUCCAUUCGAAAUCACAAGAACUAAUGUGGGAAAUGCCAUAAACCCUUCGACUGGAAUAUUCAUAGCACCGAGACCAGGGAAAUAUUUUUUUGGUUUUUCUGGUGUUGCUGAUGUCACUCAAGGAACCAAUGCUGCACGCGUUGAUUUACAGUUGAAUGGUGUUAAGAUUGCACAAGGAUAUAGUCAUACCACCCUUGAUACAUUUGCACUCCAAUCCACUUUGGAGCUUAAAGGAGACCAAAUAAGACUGUUCUUGGCAGCCGGAGCUAUUGUUGACGGAACUGGUUUGCAACACACUACUUUUGUUGGUUGGUUAGUCGAAGAAGAUGAUGUGUUCAAUGUAUAG